AUGUUUAAGUGCAACGCUGUCAAGCGAUCGCAGCGCCACAACCACGAGCUCACGAAAUUGCAUUCAGUACUCUCGAACGUAAAAGUUAUGGAUGAAAGUCAAAUAUAUACAGAAAUUCCAUUGUCGUUGGUAACAAGACGUUUACAUCGUCCUCAAUUCGAUAUAGAAUCCGACUAUCAUCCGACGGCCAUAUAUCAAGAAUCUCAAACUCACGUCAGUUGCCUUUAUCCAGAAAUAUUAGCUUUGAUAUUCAGUUAUUUAGACGUUAGAGAUAAGGGAAGGGCAGCUCAAGUAUGCGUUGCGUGGAGAGAUGCCGCUUAUCACAAAUCCGUUUGGCGGGGAGUCGAAGCCAAACUUCAUUUGAGACGUGCCAAUCCAUCGCUUUUUUCUUCUCUCGUACGAAGAGGGAUACGUAGAGUUCAAGUCCUUUCGUUGAAAAGAAGUUUGCGAGAUGUUGUUCAGGGUAUACCCAAUUUGGAUUCAUUAAACCUGAGCGGUUGUUAUAACGUUACGGACAUCGGUCUCUCUCAUGCUUUCGUGACGACGUUGCCCACCCUCACGGAACUGAAUUUAUCCUUGUGUAAACAAGUAACCGAUACGAGUUUAGGAAGGAUCGCUCAAUAUUUAACUAAUUUAGAAGUUUUAGAAUUGGGGGGAUGUUGUAACGUAACAAAUACCGGCCUUUUACUCGUCGGUUGGGGACUUAAAAAACUCAAACGUUUAAAUCUCCGAUCGUGCUGGCACAUAAGCGACCAAGGUAUUAGUCACCUGGCGGGACCCAAUCCCGACGUUGGAGACGGAAAUCCCGCUUUGGAAUAUUUAGGAUUACAAGACUGCCAAAGGUUGUCGGAUGAAGCUCUUCGUCACGUAUCCGUUGGACUCACCGGACUCAAAAGUAUAAACCUGAGCUUUUGCGUGAGCAUAACGGACAGCGGACUCAAAUACCUUGCCAAAAUGACGUCUCUCAGAGAAUUAAAUUUAAGGGCUUGCGACAACAUAUCCGACUUGGGAAUGGCGUAUCUCGCCGAAGGCGGUUCCCGGAUCUCAUCUUUAGACGUGUCAUUCUGUGAUAAAAUCGGAGAUCAAGCUCUUUUACACGUAUCACAGGGAUUAUUUCAUUUGAAAAGUUUAUCAUUAAACGCUUGCAACAUAUCCGACGACGGAAUAGUCCGCAUAGCAAUCACCCUACACGAUUUGGAAACUUUAAACAUCGGGCAGUGUUGGAAGAUAACCGACAGAGGAGUGCACACGAUAGUGGAUUCUUUAAAACAUUUGAGAUGCAUUGAUUUAUACGGUUGUUCGAAAAUCACUACCGUUGGACUGGAAAGAAUCAUGAAGUUACCACAAUUGACUACCUUGAAUCUUGGAUUGUGGCACGUCAGAUGA